AUGUGCUAUCAAGUCGUCGAGCGCUACUCAGUCUGCCGAUGUCUGUAUUACAAACACGCCAUCGAUCCAUGCGCCGCCCAUGGACAACGCGGACACGUUGUUCAGGAAAAGACGGUGCUUGUAGGCUAUGCCUGCAAUGUGCACAGCAGUAACAGGCCCGAAAUCGCCCACCAUGGCCGUGUCCUGCCAGACUCUGGCUACGAGAGCGGGCCGUACCAGCUGGGCCCCUUGCGGUGA